AUGACCCUCGUUUCAAGAACAUGGCAUGCUCUAUCUAUUCCCUACUUGCUCCAGAACGUUGAACCGGGCUCACACAACCACGGUCAGUUGGUCCCAUUCCUGGGCUCCAUGGAAAUUCUUGAGAUGGAUCACUCCGGCAUUCUCAUCCGGCAACGCACCUUCCUACGUCUGAUGACUGCCAAACCAGAACUGGCUAGACAUGUCCACAAUCUGACCUGGACGUUUUUCUGGCAAGACGAGAAUGAGAAAGGACCCACCGCUCUGGACCGAGAGACUUGGAACGUAUUCAGCAGAUUAGAGAACGUAACAAGUCCGGAUCUGGCGCAGUAUACCAACGUCGACGCGUGCCAUGAUCCACUGGUGCGACAGAACCCACCCAGGAUGUUUCCGAGAGUGACUAGCCUUCGUCUCGAAGGAUGGAUGCAUCGGAGACUUGUUACUGCGAUCAUGACUUCCAUCUGUCCUAGCAAACUUCGCAGCUUGAAGCUUGACGGUCUCAAUGAUGAGGGUUUGCUGCCGGAUGGGCAUUCUAUGGUUGUGCAGAUCGAGAGACAGUACGCCCGAGACAUCAGUCGUGCUCGGCCUGGAGAUCUGUCUCCUUUCGACGACGAUAUGGUACAACGACAGAAGCUGGGCUCUGCCUGUAGCUUCUCAGGACCAACGUGGUACCCAUUACGAUACCUGGCAGGGUUCCGACUCGACUCACUGUCUACACUGGACGUCCAGCUGUCUCCGUUGUCAGGAAGGGAUGAUCGUAACUACUUGACGCUCUUUCAGGGAGUCGCGGAUGUUCUCCGUACUGCCAGGCAGAGCUUGACUUUCGUUCGGAUCGCCUUCGGCGAGAGUCCUCAGCAUCAUGGGCCGAUCAGCAGUGGGUGUGGCAAUGCACGGGCAGGGUGGGUCCGGUAUCAGCCGCAGUGUGUAGCCAUGGCCUCGAUAUUCUCGCUCUAUGUCCUCCCCGUGCUGUGCGACGAGCACUUUCCGCGGCUGGCGAAGCACGAUUGUGAAGGCUUUCGUCUGAUAAAGGAUCUUGGUGGAGAUCCGAGGAACCUGGAGCGUGGAGACAGCAUUCGAGAGUACCAACAAGCACUUCUGCUCCCUGAUGUGUCGAUCAUGGCGAAGGCUUGUGUCGAUUAUCGUUGGAUCGGGCAACACGGAAUUUCAGACCAUCAUCCACAUCCAGAGAGCUUGGGACAGGUAACAAACAUCUUUUUGAGCAGCUGA